UCUCUUAAAAUCACUCUCCAUUUAGCAAGGGGCACUGCACGGAAAUGGCGGAGCUGAAGCUACUUCUGCCCUUGCUCUUUGCUUUACAUUCUUUCUUUCUAAUUCAUUCUGCUUUUUCCGAGAUUUUCUUCGAAGAGCGGUUCAAUGAUGGGUGGAAGAGCCGUUGGGUUCUGUCAGACUGGAAGAGGAGUGAAGGGAAAGCGGGUACGUUUAAGCACACUGCCGGGAAGUGGGCUGCUGAUCCUGAUGAUAAAGGCAUUCAGACUUUCAAUGAUGCCAAGCAUUAUGCCAUAUCUGCAAAGAUACCAGAGCUUAGCAAUAAGGACAGAACUCUAGUCGUCCAGUAUUCUAUAAAGCUUGAACAGGACAUUGAAUGUGGUGGUGGUUACAUUAAGCUUCUUUCUGGUUAUGUCAAUCAGAAGAAAUUUGGUGGUGACACUCCUUACAGUCUAAUGUUUGGACCAGAUAUAUGUGGCACACAAAAAAAGCAGCUCCAUGUUAUAUUUACCUAUCAGGGGCAGCAUUAUCCCAUAAAAAAGGAUAUACAAUGUGAAACAGACAAGUUGACUCAUUUCUACACAUUUAUCUUGAGGCCUGAUGCAACUUACAGCAUCCUGGUUGAUAACCGAGAAAGAGAAACCGGAAGCUUGUACACAGACUGGGACAUCCUCCCUCCACGUAAAAUCAAAGAUGUCCAUGCAAAGAAGCCAGCUGACUGGGAUGACAGAGAGUAUAUUAAUGAUCCUAAUGAUGUCAAACCAGAGGGAUAUGAUUCAAUACCCGCUGAGAUCCCUGAUCCAAAGGCUAAAAAGCCUGCAGAUUGGGAUGAAGAUGAUGAUGGGAUCUGGAGGCCAAAAAAGAUUCCAAAUCCAGCAUAUAAAGGACCAUGGAAGCCCAAGAAAAUCAAAAAUCCCAAUUAUAAGGGCAAGUGGAAGAUCCCAUGGAUUGACAAUCCAGAGUUUGAGGAUGAUCCAGAUCUUUAUGUGUUGAAACCAAUAAAAUAUGUUGGCAUUGAGGUUUGGCAGGUAAAGGCAGGUUCAGUAUUCGACAAUAUUCUUUUAUGUGAUGAUCCCCAGUAUGCAAGAGAAGUAGUGGAAGAACUAUGGGCUAAGAAUCGGGAGGUUGAAAAAGAUGCAUUUGAGGAGGCAGAGAAACUGAGAAGAGCUGGGGAGGAGGAUGGCAAGAAAGAAAGAGAGAAAAGUGAAAGGUCCAAGAAAGAAAGGCAACACAGAAGAAGGCAUGACCCUUAUGACUACGUGGAUGACUACCAUGAUGAACUUUGAGAGUCGUCAACAGCUUAUUUCAUUUCUGAGAACCAUCUGAGUAAGAAGGACGACUGUUCUUGAAGGACAAAUCAACAUUGCUUUAUCAUCAGCAAAGCCUGGCCGAUCAAUGUUGUUGCAUCAAUAAUGCUUCUUGUAACAUUAAAAUUGCACACCAUAUAUAUAUAUAUAUAUAUAUAUUAGGAUAAAUUUCA